AUGAAAAAAACGUCACAGGAGAAGUGUCUUUACCCUCUUCAGCGAGGUAUCCUCACUAACAAUUCCACUCUGCCGACUGACAUCCUCACUGAACCUAUCGACCCCGAGAGAUAUCCCUUAUAUAAGGAGGCGAUAUACUCGGAAGCCAUUCUGAAUGCCGGCGAUGCGCUGUUUUUACCGAGUAACUGGUGGCAUUUUAUUAAAAACUACGAAGUAACGGCCAGUAUUGCACAUUUCUUGAAGAAACAGCGUAACAGC